AUGUUGACCAAGUCGCUGAUUAUCUUGGCUGUCGCCUUUGGUCUGUCCCAAGCCCAAAUGGUCAAACAAUGUACAUGUUCUGAGGUUGAGCCAUGUAAAAAGGGCUACGUAGACUCGGUCAUUCCUUGCGCUGACUCUUGUCAAGUAAGUUUUUCAAAUUUCAUUACAGCUGUACUUUUCGUUUUAAAAUUUAAAAUUUUGAGACAUAAUUUAGACAAUGAUAAGCUUUAUUUUUAAUGAAUUUUACUCCUUGAGCUUUUAAAACAGCUGAUUUAUGACAUUUUUUUCGAAACCCUAAAAAAAUGGUGAUUCUUACAAUUUUGUCUAAUUUUAGUCAUAACUGCCAUUUUGAAAACACACAUGCAAUAACUUUCGAAUUUUUAAAUAAAAUCUCAUCCUUACCCUUUAUAGGAACACGCCGCCGCCCUCGGAGCCAACUACCAACAACUCCGCCAAUGCUUGAUGCAAAAAGAGCCUAUGCUUCGCGCGGCCAUGUCAUGUACCGAAGGCAACCUCCGCGACGCUUGUGCAGCCUCUCCAGGCCAAAUGGUGCCCAAACGUUACCCAGAAACCCUGAAGAUCGCCGCCAUGAGCGAGAUCAACAGAAUGCUGUCUCGUGCCGGCAUCGCUUCCCAAGCCAAGGGAUUGUUGUCGCAAGGCAAGAAGUUGUACGGAUGUAUGAAGACCUGCAUGGACAAGAAGUCCGGCCAAUGUGCCAAGAAGUUGGGCUGCGGAUUGAAGCUGCCAUCCGACUCUCAAUUGGUCCAACAAGCCAAGCAAUGUGCCAUCCAGUCCGGCUUCAACACCCAAUCUGUCCAACAAUUGUGUCACUGCGCCCAGCAAUCUGGAAUCGGGGCUUUGAACGGACUCUGCGAGAAAAUCGUGAUCUCUUAA